CCUUUCUCUCAUUGGCUGUGAGGAGCGAAGCGGGACGCGCAUGCGUACCAAGGGAAGGCGGCCAUUUUGGCGGCCAUUCGUCCUGGAAAAAAGGCGGGAAACCUGAGGAGAACCUUCGUGGCUUCUGUCGCCGUCGAGCUCCUCCGGGCAGCCCCAGCGCGACCCUGGACCCUGGUUUCCGAAAUGCCGGAUGACGUGAACGACGAUAGCUUCGACAUUUUGAGACAAACCAUCGCGCAGUGCCUCAAUUUAUCCGGGCCCUUCGAGAAGCCAGGUAUAAAUCCUGAUGAAACCCAAUGGCAGGCGGCACGCAGACAAGACAAGGCGGCCGGGAUCAGUUUUACGGUGCCGGCGAAGUUCCUGGCAUGCGGCCCGCCCAAGAAAGGACCAUUCCACAAGCCGUGUCCUCCACAGAACCCUCGAGGGGCUUCCGGGACCACCAGUGGUGCCCAGGGGGGCGGAAGGGGCUCCGCGGCCUCCGUCCGUGAGCAACGUGGACCCUCGGAAAACCCUCGGGGCAUUUCUCCAGCAAGGCCUUCGACGUCCAGUGGUCGUGGCAAGAGCUCUGCGGCCUCGUUCCAUGUGGAACUUGGACGUCCGAAGGGCUCUUUGGGAAACUCUCAGAGCAUUUUUCCAGCAAGGGCUUCGACUUCCAGUGGAAUGACUUUGGCUUCUAGCGAUACAUCCGGUGCCUCACCUGGCCUUCCGCACGCACGGCAAGUGCCGCUGGCCAGAGCGGCUGAGGGCGAGGCUCCGUCGACCAGCCGCCGCACCCGAGACAUCCUGACGUCUUAUGCUCAUACAUUGCAGUGUAGUUCUGAGCAAGACCCCAUUCCUCUUGGGCCGAACACUGCACACAAGACCUGCACAUGGCCAGAAGACCGGGAGGAAGAUCUUAUGUUUUGUGCUGCCGCCGCAGAAGUCUCUCCCAGCGCUUCGCCUGCGCCUGUGAGGAAGGGGACGGAGGCACCCAGCAGAGGAAAGGUGCCAACCCAGAAGCACAAUGCGGAGGAGCAACUAGCUGUGAAGAAGGUGGUGGAGCCACCCAGCAGAGGAAAGCUGACAUUCAAGCUGGGACCAGGCUACUUCCUGCAGGCUGCUCGGGAGUUUGAAAGUAGUGAAGAAGAACAGGGGAGCAGCCCUGCACCUCAGAAGGCAGCGCAGGAGGACAACGUGGAGCAACUAGGCCGUCCUUCCUUGGUGGACGUCACCUCUCGCGGGCUCUUGUCUGGAAAUACAGUGGAGGACAGUACAGAAGACUUAAGCAAGAACAAAGGGCCAGAGGCUAAGAAAGGAGGCGGGAAAGUGGCCGGGAAGCAGAAACAUCUGGUCCUUGAUAUAGAUAACCCUGAGACGUCCACCACAUCAAUGCAGGCCACAGAAAAAGCUGCGAGGCAAAAUUCUGCCGGAGCGUUGCAAAACUGGUUAGAUAAAGUGCCGUGUCAGAAACCUCCACUGAAAUUAAUCAGAGCCCCCAAGAGGAUCCGGAUGGAGGAGACGCAAGUCCAACCUCAUCCUCCAGCGACGGAGCCCAACAGAGAACAACCUCUCUGCACGGAGAGACCACGGGAACCUGAGAGGGCUCAAGAGGCAGGAGAAGGCACCCGUGGACGUCCACUGCAACAGACCGGAGUUCAAAUACUGGAACGUGUGGGAAGACGCCCUUUUCACGUGGCCUACGACCCACCGAUACCUGAACUCUGCGCUCAAGUGCGCGCUACAAAAAUCUCAAAAGCCUUGCUGGGUUGGGCAGCUUGCGUUCUCACCAAAGAACCUGCAGGCAAGAAGUGAAUAUAAUAAUAAUUAUUAUAUAUCAGUAGCACUAUCUGCAGUCAAGAAAUGAAGAUUCUUGCAUUGCAAUGGAACCUGGGACAUGCAUCUCCGUGCCCUACAGCUGCUCUGGGAUGAAACUGAACAUGACGUCUGGGGGGCUCGGGUUUGGGAAGGGAGCUUGCCCAGCACCCUAUUGUCUGGCAAUGCAAUAUGGAUCUGAUCAUGGCAACAACAAGGGGCAGGGUUUUAGACGUGCAGCAUUAGAACCGUUGUUUAGUGGAUGAUCUGAGAUGCUUUCCACCCUAUGGAUGUCAUUCUCAGAAGGAAUGGCCAAUUAAGAAAAGGAAAUGACAUUUUCUUUGAUGCGAGUGCUCUUGCCUUGCGGUUUGUUUACUUUUAUUUGUAAUUAAAGCCCGGUUUGGGUUCCGAGUUGGUUACAGGUGUCCGGCGGAGGCGAUACCAAAUAAUGUCAACAAUUCUGUACUUGUUAAAAUAAAAUACAGAAUAUUUUC